AUGUUACACCAAGCCUGGCAGUUCUGCGGGAGGUGGUGCCGUUGGUCCAGUCCUUUUAUCCAUCUCCUCACACUGACUGUGAUGACAUUCGGUGUGCUCGCACCUUUGAUUUGCCACCGGCUCCUCCACUCUUACUUCUAUUUGCGGCGCUGGCACCUGAACCCCAUGAGCCAGGAGUUUCUGGACCAGAACCAGCAGGAGGGCCAGGCUGCCCUCCAUUACUUUGAGAAGCUGCAGAUACCAAACAACUCUGUGGCCUCUGGCAGUGACGCCUUCCAGCCCUUGCUGCUGAUCACCAUUAUCACUGUGCAGAGGCGGAAUGAUUUCCACUAUGUCUUGCAAGUGGCCUCCCACUUCCACCGCCUCCUCCAGAAAUGUGGUGCGCGUUGCCAGAGCCACCGCAUACUCCUCUGUAAUGUGGAGUCAGACCCCAGUAGCCAUCAGGAUGCCAGGCUUCUGAGUAGUUUCUUUCCUGUGGUCAGUCAUGACAGAACUGGGGAGAACCCUGACCCCAGGGUUAACCAGUUUGAGAAAGAGAAGCAGGACUAUGUCUUCUGCCUUGAGCAGUCACUGUUGGCGUACAACCCAGAAUAUGUCCUUGUAGUAGAAGACGAUGCUGUGCCAGAGGAGGAGAUAUUCACUGUCUUGCAGCACCUCUUGUUGGCCCGCUUCUCCAAACCAUACCUCAGAGACGCACUCUACUUCAAGCUUUACCAUCCUGAGAGGCUUCAGCGCUACAUCAACCCUGAACCCAUGAGAAUCCUGGAGUGGUUGGGUCUGGGCAUGUUUCUGGGGCCUGUGCUGAACUGCAUGUACUCCAGGGCAACUGGGCGCCCCAGCCUCAGUUGGCCCAUUGUCUUGUUCUUUGCUUUGUACAGCAUGGCUUUGUCAGAGCUGGUGGGACGGCAUUACAUGCUGGAGCUGCGCCGGCUGGCGCCCACACUCUAUAACAUCGUGCCGGUCACCGAGUGCUGCACACCUGCCAUGCUUUUCUCUGCUCCUUCUGCCCACCGUGCCUUAGGUUACCUGAAGGGGCUGCACUGCCGCCAGGGUUUUGCUAAGGAUAUUGCCCUCUACUCGCUGCUGCGGACGAAGGGGGAGAAUGCCUAUGUGGUAGAACCCAAUCUAGUCCGGCAUGUGGGAAUGUAUUCCAGCCUUCGGCUAAAUGACAACCCGAAACUGCUGUGA